UCCACACCGGCGGCAGCAGCGGCGCGUGAGGAUGAACACGGGAUUUGUUGCGGGAGCAGAACAACCCGCACAGUGACACAACUAGUGAAGAAGAGGAGGUGCGUGAAGGUAAAGAAGAAGAGGGUGCGGGGGGGCACAUAUUUUGAGAGAGUUGCGGAACAAAGAAGAAAUAAAAGAGAAAAGAGAGAGCGAGCGAGGGAGGGAGAGAGAGAGAGAGAGGGGCUGGUUCCGCUCUGCCCUCACUGAGCUCCGAGGCCCGGCCGGUGUCCAGCUGAAGUGACCGAGGCAGAGCUCUCAGAGAGCGGCCGCUGGAAGUGGACGGCUCCCGGGGUGAGUGGACGCCGCUGGAGCUCCUGUCUGCGCCUCACACUCUACGCACGGAAGCUGCAGCUCAUUCUCUAGUGGUUGUGUCCUUCGAUAGAGCCGUGACCCAUUUCGCCGUCCAGCGAUGGAUUCACCCACAGAUCUUUUCGGCGACUCCGCUUCCCAGAUUCACGCAUUCGCUCCCACUCUCAGCUCCACGGACCUCCCCGGAGUCCAUCCCCAGCCCAGUGCAGGUCGCCCUCCUCCUGCCUUCAGACCGCCCGGCUUCCCCAUCAUCCACCACCACCAUCAGCCAGGGGGAGCCUCCAGGAGGAGUGGAGCACAGCUCAACACAAGACACCCUGAGGGCAGAGAUUUGGAGGAAGGUGGAGGAGACAGGAACGCACAGGUGGAGCAGGGGUGUGAAGGAGGAGAGGAAGGGGUCCUGGAGGGAGAGGAGAGCUUGUUGGAGGUGAAGAAGAGGCACAGUGAUGCCGUUCUGGCAGCAGAGUGGAGCCAAGACGUCUUGAAAGUGAAGAGGAUGAAACUGGAGAGUCGUCAGAGGGAUGGAGAGGCUGACGGAGAGGCCGACGAGGGAGGCAGGAGACGCGUGGGAGGCAGGGAGGGGAGGAAACGGGAGAGGGAAGAGCUGAAAGAACAGCUGGAUGAGGCGAGAGAGAGACUUCAGCUCCUGCAGGAGAAAGUAUGGAGGGCUUUUGGGGAAAAGCACAUGGUAGAUGAGGAGACGAAAAGAGGGCGCAUGAAUGGAAACAAAGGAGCAGCUGAUGGAGAGGUGGGGAUGACGGAGGAAGAGGACAUCACAGAAGGCAUGUAUGAUGAAGAGGACAUUGACGAUGGAGAGACGGAAAAGGAGUCUUUCUCGCUUCUGUCCGUUUCCCCUUUUGAAAACGUCCACACCCAGAAGCGGAGAGAUGAGAGGCCGAAGGAGAGAGAAAGGAGGAUGGAGAGAGGUAGAGGAGGACUGCACCUGGAGGGCCUGAUGGAGGGCGCAGGGUUGUGGUUGGACUGCGGAGGACUGGUGAGAGGAGACUGGGAUGGAGGGAUGGAGGAUGAGGGUGAGGAGGGCGGGCAGAAGUUCGCUCAGGCACUGAAGCUGGAGCUCGGCAGCGCUGUGGCCCGAGUCAUCGACCGAGUUCUCAGCCUCUACACCGAAACCACAGAUUUCCCUCCUUCCUCUCCGCCCGCCGCCAUCUCCUUCCUCCCAUCUGAUCCAGGCAAUGACGGAGGGAGGGAGAGGGGACUGUGGAUGGGACUGCUAACGAGAGGAGGAGGGGAGGAGAAGACAAGGGGUAAGGAGGAGAAGAUGGGAGGGCAGGACGGAGAAAGAGAGAAGCAGCUCCAAAAGUUGAGGAACGGGGGGGGCAUCGGGGCUCAGGGGCAGAUGCACCGCGCCGAGCCGUCGGAUCUGACGAUGCCAUUGGCUGUCCAACGUACACCCGACAUGCGGAAGUCUCACCCGCUCCUUGGCCCACCCCUCUCCUCCCACCUGAAUCCCUCUCACCCCAACCUCUCCCACCAUCACCCGUCAGUACCUCGCCCUCCUCCUCUCUCUCACCCUACCCUCUUACCUCCAACUUCGCAGCCCAAGGACCCCUCCUCACAUCCGUCCUCAUCCUCCUCCUCUUCCUCCUCCUCAUCCUUUCCCACGCCUCACCCUCCUCCUCCUCCUCCUCCUCCCCCUCCACCUCCCCCUCUCCCUCUCCCGCUGCUGCACUACUCCAUGCAGCAGCUCUUCUCCCGGGCGCUCCACCACACGCAGCUCCCCCACAUGCCGCCGCCCCGGAAGGACUACCUGAGCGCCGACCCCUUCCUGGAGUUCUCUUCCCACCCGGCGUCCCACCCCUCCUUCCCGCCGCUCUCCUUGCUCGGCCACCUGGAUCCCGCCCUCGCCCGGCACGCCCACGGAGGCAGGGAGAGGGAGAGGGGGAUGAGAGGGGACGGGGGGAUGAGAGGAGGCGGAGGGAUGGACGGAGGGGAACUUUACCUGAGCGCUGGGGGUGUAUACACCCAGGAGGGCUUGUCUCCCUGUCAUCUGAAGAAAGCCAAGCUCAUGUUCUUCUACGCGCGUUAUCCCAGCUCCAACACCCUGAAGACCUACUUCCCUGAUGUCAAGUUUAACCGCUGCGUGACCUCCCAGAUGAUUAAAUGGUUCAGUAACUUCAGGGAGUUCUUCUACAUCCAGAUGGAGCGCUUCGCACGACAGGCUGUCCGCGACGCUCUCACCCGGGAUGGAGCACCUCGCCUGAGCAGAGAGACUCAGAUGCGAGUGGGCCGUGACACGGAGCUGUACCGCAUCCUCAACAUGCACUACAACAAAAGUAACAUCUACCAGGUCCCUGAGAGGUUCAUCGAAGUGGCGGAUGUGGCUCUGAGGGAGUUCUACUCAGCCAUUUGGACUGGCAGGGACAGCGACCCCUGCUGGAAGAAAGGGAUUUAUAAAAUCAUCUGUAAACUCGACAGUCCCGUGCCGGACGCCUUCAGACUGCCCGGCUGUCCUGUCGGCUGACCAGGGAACCGCAGUGAUCUGGUACAAAUGCACAACUUCAUAGACAAUCACGACCACACAAAGAGAAGGGAUCAACACACCAUCAUCCUCAAACUGUACAAUUCCAGCCUGUGAGAAAAACCUUCGGCUCCACAGUUUGGUUCCUCAUUAUUCAUCCCUGUAGAAAAUGAAAGCUCAUUUAUGUUUAUAAGAUGUUUUUUGCGUGACAGUGUACAGGGAGCGGCACACGUGGACUGAAGCAGACCCACACACUCGCAGCCCUGUGCUGUGGAUGAGAGUCUUGUGACUGCACUUAUCAAAGAAUGUGACCAUACCGUUGAACUGGGAGGAAUGGGCCGAGCAGGAAUUCUCCUCUCUCCCCAACCUUCUCCAGCUGCCAGUGGGAUUGUGAAAUCACAGAGCUGCGACUCAGGUUUGAUUACACGGACGAACAGGUUUUCAUUACACUAUCAUUAAAAACACACAUGUAUAUAUAGUCACAAUAAAAGGGUGUGUGUCACCACGAGAUGGCAGGUGUGUCCAAAUCAGUGAGCAUCACAUCCAGGAGCAUUUCAAGGAACAAGCUGACGCCCCCCACCCCCCACCCCCAAGAGACAUGUGACACCAAAACACAUCAUUCCAAUCUUCAACUUCAUUUAUUUUAUUUCCACAAUUAUUAACUAAGUGCACAUCAUUAAUAGUAAAAGAAGUAUUGUUUAAGUGCAAACUCAUGUUAUCGAAAAACUUACCAAGCUUUUGGCAGAAAGCUAGUGGGGCCUCAUUAGGGGGUUUCUGACCAUGGUGCCCUUGCAGUCGCCUGUACAUAAUCCAUCAUAGAAUCUAAGGGGCUGUGGACUAAUGUAUUCACAGAGGCCCCAGGCAUUUGGCCUCUUUCCCCUGUGCAGGUCGUUAAAUACAUUCCCCGCCAAUGUAUUGUAAAUUACUACAGUUCAUGAAAGACAUGAGGUAAGAUUUUUAUGCAUCCGUUCACUCAUCAAACUGAGUCCACAACCCUAAGUACCUAACAAGUUUAGUGUGGGGCUUAAUCACCAACAAACCAUAUAAUCACACAGAUUUAAGUUGGACCCUCCCUUAGGAGCGUUCAUGGUUUUACACUACAUUGAUAAAACAACGGGAUGAUUUGCCAAACAAUUUUUUAAACCCUAAAGCUACAGGUCAGUGGGUUCCAUCAGUGGAUUUGUUUUGCUCGUGUAUCGGUCUCAGUUUAAUAUUACAUUAUUAUUAUGCAGCUUGGUCAAGCUUUUGUACAAUGUAAUCUAACUGUAAUAAAAAUUCUGUUCAGAGAGGGACAAUAUAUUGAACUCAAAAUGGUUAAGGUGAAUGUUUUGUUGUUUCCUUGAUGUACUCUCACAGUUGAAAUACUUUUGUAUAACUUGAAUGUGAAGCUAAACGUGUUAGGCCAGUUGCACAUUUAGGGUAUAUCAAUAUUUGUUUCCAGAAGUUUAUGGAGAACUCUUUCAGUCUAUUUACAGUUGGUGGACUUCUCCAUGGUAAAAGACCAUAUGUAAACUCUUUGUGAUGUGUUUUCAGAUGCAUGUUUCCUAUAUUUCACUUUUGUAUUGUAACCCUGUACGUUUCUUUCAUUGCAGUUAUUGCUCUCUCUCUCUUUUAUAUUGUACAUACACACUGUAUUCUCUAACGUAUAUAUCUGUGCCUCAAUCCAGCUGUGGUGAAUUUUGAUGUUAAAACUUAACAGUGAAUUAAAGUGAUAGCAGGCU